AUGGAGCAGACGCAGCGGGUGACGGGCGACUCCGGAUCCAGCUGCAUUAUAAAGCGCUACUGUGAGAAGAGGUUCGUUCCCAAAUACCUGGCGACCAUCGGCAUCGACUACGGCGUCACGAAGGUGCAGAUCAGGGACCGGGAGAUCAAAGUGAACAUCUUCGACAUGGCCGGGCACCCGUUCUUCUACGAGGUGAGGAACGAGUUCUACAAGGACACACAGGGGGUCAUCCUGGUCUACGACGUGGGACAGAAGGAUUCCUUCGACGCGCUGGAUGCGUGGCUGGCCGAGAUGAAGCAGGAGCUGGGGCCCCACGGGAACAUGGAGAACGUCGUCUUCGUCGUCUGUGCCAACAAGAUCGACUGCACCAAGCACCGCAGCGUGGACGAGAGCGAGGGGCGGCUCUGGGCGGAAAGCCGGGGCUUUCUGUACUUUGAGACUUCAGCACAGACAGGAGAAGGGAUCAACGAGAUGUUCCAGACCUUCUACUCGGCCAUCGUGGACCUGUGCGACAACGGCGGGAAGCGGCCGCCGUCCAGCGUCGGCGUUGGCUUCACCAAGGAGCAGGCGGACGCCAUCCGCAGGAUCCGCAACAGCAAGGACAGCUGGGACAUGCUGGGCGUCAAACCCGGAGCCACAAGGGAUGAAGUGAACAAAGCCUACAGGAAGCUGGCCGUGCUGCUGCACCCCGACAAGUGCGUGGCGCCGGGCAGCGAGGACGCCUUCAAAGCGGUGGUGAACGCCCGCACCGCGCUCCUCAAGAACAUCAAGUAGGGCAGAGGAGCUGCCUGGAGCCCGACGCCUUCCCCUC